AUGAGUACGACAGUAAAAUCAGCGGAUGAAACCAAAUUAACGGAGGAGUUAGACGGAAAAAGCAAAUUAAGAAAAUGGCUGAAUGUAAAUUUUAGAAUUGAGAUGACUGAUGGCAGAAUUCUUAUAGGAGUAUUUUUAUGCACAGAUAGAGAUGCUAAUGUUAUAUUGGGUGCUUGCUCAGAGUAUCUUAAAACUGCUGAUGGAGAAACGGAGGAACCUAGGGUAUUGGGGCUAGUCAUGGUGCCGGGACGACAUAUAGUGUCCAUACAGAUAGAUGAUACCACACCACCACAAAAAUAUUAUUAUGAUGAA